GUAUAGAACAACAACUAAAAAUAUAUAAAAUAAAACAAGACAUAUAUAAUAAAAGCAGUAACGAUCAAAUAAAAACCAAAAGCUAAAAUUUGACGCUGGUCCCUAUGCGCUAAGAAGUUUUCCCUCGUUUUCAUUGGCUGAAGCAGAAGACUGGCGCGGUUGUUCGAGGAAGUUUACGCUGCCAGAUCUAGUUUUUCUUUAUUAUGAAAUAACAGGUGAUAUUUCUUUGUUGCCAUCUGUGAUCUCAAUGUAAUUACACGGGAAAAGCGACAGAUUUAGAUAUGAACUUAAGUCAUGUUCCGUUGAUUCUGUGAGGAGUUUAGUGUCAGUUUGACUCGGCCAAAUGCAGUGUAUGUGGUGUAUGCAGGAAUCUGACCUGAUCCUGAUUAUAUGACAUGGAGAGCAACAGGAGUCGGUUUCCUUUCCCGUUCCAGCCCUAUCCCAUCCAGGAGAGCUUCAUGGAGGCCCUUUACACUGCUCUGGAUCAGGGGAAAGUCGGUAUAUUCGAGAGUCCCACUGGCACGGGAAAAUCUCUGAGUCUUAUAUGUGGUGCACUGACAUGGCUGAGGGACUACGAGGAGCAGAAGAAACAGGAGGCUGCUAAACUUCUGGAUGGACCGGAGAAGAAGUGUGAUGCUGUGAAGGAGAACAGCACCAGCCGAACAUCAGAGCCAGACUGGGUGUCUGAGUUUGUGCAGAAGAAAGCAGAGAGAGACAUUGUGAACAAGUUAAAGGAUGAAGAGCUGAAACGGAAGAAGCGAGAGGAGAGACUGGAGAUGAUCCGACACAAUGCCCAGCUCAGAUAUGCCAUGAAGAGAAAAGCCAGUGAAGAAGAUGAGGCUGUCAAAUUACUCCAGCUAAGCAAAGAGGGGGCGGAGUCAGAGACACACAAUCCAGAGGAGGAGGGGCUUAUUGUAGCAGAAUAUGAGAGUGAUGAUGAGGCCACACCCAAGACCAGGCUGUGUGAUGAGGACGAUGAUGAAGAUCUGGAGGAGGAUCAUGUCACUAAGAUUUAUUACUGUAGCCGAACUCACUCUCAGCUGGCUCAGUUUGUGCACGAGGUGCAGAAGAGUCCAUACGGGGCCGCUGUUCGCUUGGUUAACCUGGGCUCCAGACAGAACCUGUGCAUUAAUCCAGAGGUCGUCCGGCUCGGAAACGUCCAAAUGAUGAACGACCGCUGUUUAGAAAUGCAGAAAAACAAACACGAGAAACAAGAAAAGGCAUCAGACUCUGAGAGGAAACGGCAACGCGGCUUUGCCAAGGCGACGUGUCCCUUCUCGGGUUUUGAAAGUUUGAUGGCGAUGAGGGACGAGGUGCUGGUGAAGGUGCGAGAUGUGGAGCAGCUCCUGCAGCACGGUCGGGAAACACACACGUGUCCUUAUUACAGCACGAGGAUGGCCAUACCAGCAGCUCAGGUGGUGGUGUUGCCGUAUCAGUCGCUGCUCCAUGCUUCCACCCGCAAAGCGUCCGGGAUCAAACUAAAGGAUCAGAUUGUCAUUAUAGAUGAGGCUCAUAAUCUGACCGACACCAUCUCAGCCAUCCACAGCACAGAAAUCAGUGGAGCACAGCUCUGCAGGGCUCAUUCACAGCUUUCUCAGUACUGUGAGCGCUACAGAAGUCGACUGAAGGCCAAAAAUCUGAUGUACAUCAAACAGAUCCUGUUUGUGCUGGAGGGACUUGUGCGCACACUUGGAGGUAAAGUGGGUCAGAAUCCGAACACUCAGUCCUGCCAACCAGGAAGCGAGCUGCUGACAAUCAAUGACUUCCUGUUUAAGGCUCAAGUUGAUAACAUAAAUCUUUUUAAGGUUCAGAAAUAUUUUGAGAAGAGCAUGAUCAGCCAAAAGCUGUUUGGAUUUGUGGAGAAAUAUGAAGGCAGUGGUGUAAACACACACUCCGGAUCUAAGAACAAAGAGAGCCGUCGCAUAGAAGGACUGGGACGCUUCCUGCAGACGCUUCAGAACAAACCUACAGAGCAGCAGAUGGCAGUAGAAGACAAACCAAUCAUGGCUUCUCCAAUGAUGCUGGUCGAAAGUUUCCUGUUUGCCCUCACUAACGCCAACAAAGACGGACGAGUUGUGAUACAAAGGCAGGCAUGUCUUUCUCAGUGCAGUCUGAAGUUUCUCUUGCUGAACGCCGCAGUUCACUUUGCACAGAUCAUCCAGGAGUGCAGGGCCGUGAUCAUCGCUGGGGGAACCAUGCAGCCUGUUGCUGAUUUUAAAGAGCAGCUUCUAUUUUCCGCCGGGGUUACAGAAGACCAUAUUUUAGAGUUCUCAUGUGGUCAUGUCAUACCCCCUGAGAACAUCCUACCCAUAGUCCUUUGCGCCGGCCCCUCAGGACAACAGUUGGAGUUCACUUUUCAAACUAGAGACACGCCACAGAUGAUGGAGGAGACGGGCCGUGUUCUCUCAAACCUAUGUAACAUAGUGCCAGGGGGCGUGGUUUGUUUCUUCCCCUCCUACGAAUAUGAAAAGAGGAUUCUGGGACACUGGGAGAGUACUGGCGUCCUACAGAGGCUAGAGUCUAAGAAGAAGAUUUUCCAGGAGCCGAAAAAAGCCAGUCAGGUUGAGCAGGUGCUCAGUGACUAUUCCAAGUGUAUACAGCGCUGCAGUAAUGCCGGAGGUGGCCAGACAGGGGCGCUGCUAUUCUCUGUAGUAGGAGGGAAAAUGAGUGAAGGAAUCAACUUCUCUGAUGACCUGGGCAGAUGUAUUGUUAUGGUUGGAAUGCCGUAUCCCAACAUAAAGUCACCGGAGCUGCAGGAGAAGAUGGCUUACCUGGACAAGAACAUGCCUCACGUUGGUGGUAAAAGUCCUGGGAAGGCCCUGAUUGAGAAUCUGUGCAUGAAAGCUGUCAAUCAGUCUAUUGGUCGUGCGAUUCGUCAUCGUGGUGAUUACGCAUGUAUAGUUUUGUGUGAUCACCGGUACGCCCGAUCAGGCACGCUGCAGAAACUUCCCGAAUGGAUUCAAUCCAGCACGCACACACCCACGACAUUCGGUCCCGCCUUCGCCAGCAUCAGGAGGUUCUUCCUGGAGAAGCGACAGAGACCGCCGCUCUGAAGUCAUCGACUCGACAGGGCCGAGCCGCGUGUGUAAAAAUACUACACUGUGUCCUGCAUUAUGGAUGUUUGUUGGAUUACUCUGGCCUUGUGAAUUAUUGAGGCGGAGUUCUGCCGCCUCUGUCCUCAGGUUCAUUUCUUGACUUUCAUUUGAUUAAAGCUGAUUUUUACAAGACUGGAUUG